GUGGCCUUUAGCUAUCAAAGAUGGAGGCAAAGCUGACUGCGAAGGAAGCCGACGAAUAUUUAGCUCGUAUCCAUUAUUCUGGUCCGAAAGAACCAACAGUAGAGGUCUUGAAACAACUACAGCGAUGUCAUAUCCUAUCAGUACCAUUCGAAAACCUUAGCGUGUAUGGAAAGGAGAUAAUAUUUCUAUCGAAAGACUGGCUGUUCGAGAAGAUCGUGCGAAGACAUCGAGGUGGGUUUUGCUUUGAACUAAACACGAUGUUUUCUUUUCUUCUCGAUUAUUUUGGAUUUGAAUACAAAAUGCAUGCUGCAGAAGUGUUUAGCCGGAAGACAGGGCUUGUAGGCCCACCGUUUGAUCAUCAACUUCUCAUGGCGAACGUCGGAGGUGAUUCGUGGUUGACAGACGUUGCGUUCGGUGAUUCUUGUUGGAUGCCUCUUCGUUUCACUGACUUACAAGAGCAUCAAAAACAAGAGAGUGGAACUUAUAGAAUUCGGAAAGACGGCGACAACUACUUCUACGAAGAAAAUAUGAAAAUAAUCGUUGAUGAAGAUGGCCGAGAAGUAAGAGCAAAAGAACCGUUUACCAGCCCUGGGGAUCCUAACUGGGCGCCUAGAUACAAAUUUGACCUCAUUCCAAGAAACAUCUCGGACUUCAAUGAAAUGUUAUUGUAUCAUCAAAAAAAUGACGAUUCUCCGUUUACUCAUCAUCGUAUAUGCAGCGUAGCAAAACCGUGGGGACGAGUAGCCGUUUUAGGGAAUAAGCUCGUCACUACAACAUUUCUGGGAGAAAACAAGGUCAAGAAAGAAACCAGAGAAAUCGAGGGUGGAGAGGAAGGAGUGAUAAAAGAACUCGAGCAGAAUUUUGGAAUUAAUAGAGAUGCUUGUUUGUACCCCGAGGGGUAGACAUUGUAUGUACCAUUCUAAUAGCAGUGCCCUGAAGGGGUAGAAUUAAUGGAUCUGAGAUUCACCUCAUUUUGGGCUGGAAACUGGAAUGAGAGCUACUGGGAAUGGAAACAAAAAUGGGAAUGGAAUUUAUUUUCCUCUCUAUACAAAAAUAAAAUAAAUUCAAAGAAAAGGCUAGUUCUAAUAAUCAUUCUGAUUCACUAAGAUUGUUCUUGCAUAAAGUUUGAAUGUUUUCAUUCCAAGACUCCGCGCAUCUUUUGGUCAUGGACAAGGAUUUUGCUAAAUUUUCACUCAACUACAACGGUAAUUGAGUGCAUGAAUUACAUUUAACAAAGAAAAUAAUGCUAUGUAUAUACCUGGAUCUUUGCUAAGUCUUUGUCAACUCAAUAAGGUUCAUUUUUUAUGGAUAAAUAAAUACCUUCGGCAAUCUUUUCCACGCCAUCAAA